AUGGCAUUAGGAGUAGCAGGUAACUCAUGGUGGCAGCAGACUCAAAAUCUGGAUCAUGAUCUCUUCGCAUCCAACCUCGCCAACUCGGCUGCUGCUGCUCCUUCAUUUACCUUCACACCCGAUCCCGUAGGGGCCACGGCGGGUGCCCCAGCUCCCACCAGUCCGGCGUUCAACGCCCUCUUUUCAGACCCUCUCAAGCAACAACGUGGUGCCAAGAGAGGAAGAGGUCGAGGAAGGGGAAGGGGGCGUGGAAGAGGGCGUGGCUCCUCCCUCCUGAACAGGAGCACCAGCAGUACCACCACCUCCACCACCAGUACAACCCCUACCAGGGGUAGGAGAGGUAGACCAAGGAGGGUAGACUAUGCACCUCAAUACCUCUUUGGGGACCCUGCUGCACUUAUGAUGGGGCUCAAUGGCUCACCUGUCUCAGCUAGCACCAGUCUUGCUUCAUCAUCACCACUCUCUCUUCUUGGGACCAAAGAUGCAGUCUCUGUCAUCAAAGAAUCUCCGAGCAUGGUAUUGAAAACACCAACCCUAUCCCUGAAUCGGGAUAAAGCCACCCCUUCACCUUCCUCCAAGCACAGCAAUAGUCACAGAGAGAGGAGUGAAGGGAUCGAUGGGAGCAGGCUAGAGGAAGGAGGCCUUACAGACUCUGAUGGGAGCCUUUCAGACCUGGAGGCAGGGAUCCUGAGCUCAGGGAGCCACCUAGACAGUAGCAGUGGUGGAUCAAUCUCAGAUUCAGAGUCAGAGGACAAGGAGAUGGCAGCAAUAAUGGAGACCAAGAAGCAGCUGGAGGCUAAGAAGAAGGAGCUUCUUCAACAGCAAAUAGAGCUUAAAAAACAGCAGCACAAAUCUCAACUGAAGAAAUACAAGGAUGGAGAUGAAGAAAGUGAUUCUGAAACGUCAGAGGAGCGAGCCCUGAAAGAACAGCAUGUCCGUGAGCAGCAUGUGCACGAGGAGGAACAGCGCCGCCGAGUGUUGGCGCUCACUCAGCAGUUUGAGCAACAGAUCAAAGCACAACAGCAGCAACUACGCCUUCAGAAAAGGGCCAGGGCAGAGCGGCAUGCAGCCUGCCAACGAGAGAAAGAAUUCCGCAGCACCGCUUCACAGGCAGCAGCUGCUGCAGCCGCAAGCGCAGCGGCCAGAAUGGCAGCCCAGAAGGCACAGACCCCUAGGGGCUCGGACCUACUUGACCAACCUCAGGAUCUCAGUGUAAAUAGUUCUCGGAGAUACGAGAGGAGUGAAGCCGAACAGACCAAAGAAAGGAAAAAGAGGAAGAAACUUGCAGCUAUCAUCAACAACCUUGCCCAAUCCACCAGUCACUCUUCAUCCUCCUCCAAUCCCAUCUCAGCCUUGGAUGCGGUCUCCACGGCAACCAUGCUAGAUAAUGGGCUAGUAGACAGUGAGCAGGGCUCACUCAGGGGUGAUGGUAGUGAUAGGGGUACACCAUCAUCAUUUAUUAAUGGCAUGGAUGAAGCUGAUUUCAGAGGUUCUUCUGUAUCAGCUGCCAGCGAUGAUGACAUAGACUGUAACAGUAGUAAUGUUGAUAGUGAAUCCAUGACAGUUGACUCAGGAAGUAGUACUCCCAUACCCAUCAGAAUGACCCUCAAACGACCUGCUGACAUGGUUCCACUCUUCACUCAAAUGCCAAUUAAGAGGAAACGUCUUCGUGUAACAGACGAGCGUGCAGUAAGAUGGCCCCUAGCUAAUGGUUGGCGUCGGCAGACCAUUAUCAGGCAGCUUGGUCCUGGCGAUAGAAUCAAAGGCGAUGUCAUCUACUAUGCUCCUUGUGGUAAGAAGCUCCGGACCUACCCAGAGGUUGUAAGGUACAUUGAGAGGCGGGGUAUCACAAGCGUUGCUAGAGAACACUUCAGCUACAGUGCAAAGAUGAGAAUUGGAGAGUUCCUCAAUCCCAAGCCUGAUGGAGAUGGGGGAAUUAUCUUUGAGAAGCUGUCUGAGGAUGAGCUGUAUGAUCGAAUGCACUAUGGACAUCGUCGCAGCAAGGCGGCUCGUAUGCAACGCCAAGCCGAAAAGAGGCGCAUCGCUCAGGAACUUGCCAGACGUGCCAGUGAAGCAAAGGAACGAAGACGUCUUGAACAGCAAGAAAUGGCGAGGAGGGUAAAUGAGGCUAAAUUGAGGCGCAAGCUGGAGCGGCAGAACCAACAGGAAGAAAUACGGGAGUCACGGCGCCACCAGGCUCUCCAGUUGGCGGAGGAGAAACGUCGGGACAAGGAACAGCGUCUUUUCAUGAGACAGCAGCAGAAGAUAGCUCGUUUACAACAAAUGAGAAUGGAACGAGAGGUCCGCACCCAACAGCUUAUUGAGGAGCGCAGAAAACGAAAAGAGGUGGAAGCAAAUCAGAAAACCAUGGAUACACUAAGGCGUGCUAAGGAGAGAGAAAUAAAGAGACAACAUGCUGUACUUCAAAAACAUCAGGAACGAGAGAGAAGAAAGCAACACAUGCUCCUUGUGAGAGCACUUGAGGCUCGAAAGAAGGCAGAGGAGAAAGAGCGAGAAAAGCAGGCAAAGAAGACAGAGAAGUACAACCGAAGAGAGAGAAGAAUGCAACAAAGGAUAUUAGAGAGAGAUAUGGCCAGAGAAAUUAAGAAACCAGUGGAAGAUAUGAAGCUUGUUCCUGAAGCUCCUGCAUUGCCUGAGCUAGAACGUGUGAAGGGUGUUACUAUCUCUGGAGCUGCCUUUGCUGAUUGUCUCAUGGUCAUUGAGUUUCUACACACCUUUGGCGAUGCACUAGGAUUAGAUGAUGAUGAUGACAUCCCGACCAUGUCUGUUCUCCAGGCCAGUCUGCUAAGUGAAGAAGAACAUGUUCCUGUCCUUGUUACCUUGGCGAUGAGACUUGUCAACAGUGCAAUGGAAGACCCAGGUCUACCAGAUGAUGAUAAAACACCAGAUGCAAUGACAGCCGGUGGACAACGUUUAUUAGAGAUUGAUGUAACUCAGGAGAACCUAUCUGAAGUACUCAGCUGCUACCUCAAGGCUAUGAAAGGCCCAACUGAUGAGCUUGCUGUCAAGCUCCAGACAGUGCCAUUCUUGGCCCUCAAUCCCACCCACAAGGCCAGUAUUCUGGGCUACCUGGUCAAUCAGCUGGUCUGUAGUGAUCGAGUAGUAGCCUGUAUUGACAGCAGCAUGGAAAACCUAUCCAAUCUACGAAGGGACAAGUGGGUUGUCGAGGGAAAGAUUCGCAAACUGAGAAUCCAACAGGAGAAGAAAUUUGGCAAACUCAACGACUCUGUAAAGCGCAAGCGAGGACGCCCUCCAAAGAACCUAGAAGAUCCAGAAGCUGUAGACGAGUACAAGUUUGAAGACGAGAGCAAAGAUGGAGGAGAGAAAGAUCUGGAACAUGUACCAUCAAAAGAAGAUGGAGAAGAGGAGGAAGAAAAAACAGUGGAAGUUGAAGAAGUAGAGGAAAAAGAGAAAGAGAAGGAUGGAAAACAGAGUCCUACAAAAGAACAGAUGGAGAAGAAAAUUGAGAAACUUUCAAAGCAACAUGGCCAAUUCAGAAACAAGAUAUUUGAAGCAUCACAUUCUCUGCGUGCCAUGUCUUUUGGUAUGGACCGUUACAAGCGUCGCUACUGGGUGCUUCCUCACUCUGGUGGGGUCUUAGUUGAAGGAAUGGAGAGUGCCAUACCUGACGAAUUUGCUGCCCUUUUGAAUUCAAACUGUGAUGAGGCCACAGAGCCUGUUGAUACCAAAGAAAAUAUUAAAAUCGAAACCCAAGACAGUACAGUGCCGACAGAACCUGCAAUAAAACAAGAAGCUGAAGAGCAAAUAAAGCAAGAAAGCGAAAGGACGCUUGAAAAUAAUCCUGAAGUUAAAAUGGAAGUUGAAGAAGGGAAAGCAGAGGAAACAAAGUCACAUGAAGUGAAGUUGGAAAAUGCAGUUGAAGAAGCCUUAGAUUUCAGUGGAAUGAAGGAGAGAGACACUGAGCAGGCUUUGGAUUUGAGCGAUAAGACUGGUGCUAUAAAGAGUGAUGAAAUUUCAAAACAGGCAGAGCAACCAGACAAAAUGGAUGUCUGUAAUGGAACAACUGCAGAAGAGAGCAGAGAAGAGAAAGUUGAAAACAAUUAUGUCAUUGAGAAAGCUGAGAAUCUGUCAAUGUCAAACACCUUCCAUAAUGAUGAUAAGAAUAGGAAUAAAGAUGAGGAGGAUAGUGAAGCAGUUGUCAAGGAGAUCAUUAAUGAUGUUGUAAAUGCUGCUGCUAAUGGAGUUGAUAACUAUGCUGCUGAUGUUGCAAAAAGUGCAAACAGUCAUUCCCAGAUGAAUGGAGAGUGUGAUAAGGACAUUGAAGAGGACGGGAGAUCCAGUACCAAAGGAAAAUCUUUUGAGGAGAACCAAGAUCCUAAACAAGGAUUCAUGAACCUUGAGGGACUGGUCCCUAGGUCGGAUUCUUCGUCUCCGCUGAUUAAACCUUACAAUGGUGGUGAACUCAUCACAGCUGAUCAACUCAGUAAACUCCCAGGAUCCAAACUCAAUGGAGUGUCAGACUCAUCCAACACAUGGUUUAGUAUCUUGCCUCGCCUUCCUUGUGAUGAGAACUCGAUCACCAAGUCAGAAAGCGCUGCCUCUGUGGACUCCACUUCCCAGGUGGAGACACCCACAUCACAGACAACUACUGAUGGCAGCCAGGUCUCUGCUGCUACGGCCGCUGCGUUUCCAGCCGCAUUCGCCUUCAAUCCCUAUAUAUACCACAUGCCAAUCCCUUUGAUGCCUGUGGGCCAGAUGAACUCUUUCCUGGGGACGUACACUGCCUUCCCCCAGAUGGCUGCCAUUCCCAUGCAGCCAAUGGGUCCUACCAUGAACGAAAACGGGACAGAGGAACAAGCUGUGCCCAUAGACCAAUCUCUUAUUCAACAUCUGUUCAAGCAGGAGAAGUCUGAAGAGACAGAAGAAGAAGAGGAGGAGAACAAGGCCAUUGCACAGAUGAAAGCUGUUCUUGCUAAGAUUGAGGCUGCCAAGAUUGAACCUAUCCCAAAGAAUCUUCAACAUGGUUGGUGGUAUGUGAGUAACGCAGAGAAGAUGGCCGAGAUCACUCGUAACCUCUACCCCCGGGGUUUCAGAGAAAGAAGCCUGCAGAAGAGCCUUCAAAAAUACACAGAAUUCUGCAACAAAUCCUGCACUAAAGGACUUCAUAAGACCCUGAAAAUGGCACCUAAUCCCAACAUAAAGGAAGGAGGCUAUGUAGAUCCAGACCCCUCUCAUAGUUGGGAUGAGGAGCUUGCCUUCAACAUUGAGAAGCAGAUGAUCAUUGCUAUUGAAACUAUGGAGGAGAAACUUACCCAAGGAUUCAUGCAAACCAAGGGUUGGGUGAUACCUGAUAGGGCUACAGAGAGUCCUGAGCUGGCUUCAUGUCAAACAGCCAAAGAAUAUGAUAUCGACUUGGUAGACUUUGCCAUCCAGAGGUUACAGUCCUUUGAGAAAGCAGUUGAGAGGAGAUAUCUUAGACCACCUCUUGGGUUUAGGGAUCACACCACCUUCUCUGUGGAUGCAGCAAUAAGUAAAGAGGAAAAGAAAAAGGAGAGGGAAAGGAAAGAGAGAGAGAAGAAGGAGCGAGACAGAAGAGAAAAGCUGAGAGAAGAAGCUCGCAUCAAGCGAGACGAGGAGGAACUUCAGCUUCGUCUUCAGCGUCAGGCUGGCAUCAUCCUCAACUUCACCGACGAUUCCAAUACCACUGAGGGUGCCGCUGAUAAAGAUGAUGAAGAGAAGAUGGCUGCAGAAAGGAUGGAGGAUGACGAUGACGACAGAACAAUGGGCAUCGAUGAGACUUCCUUGGAUGUCUCCAAGUCUGUUCAGGAUGAGGACGAGGAGAAAGUGGAGGUCGAUGGAGAGGAAAAGGAGAUGGAGGAAGGAGAGGACAUUGAUAAACAUGUUAAUUUAGAUGAUGAAGAGGGAGAUGGUUUCAUCCGGUCUGAUGUUCCUAGAGGAAUGUCUAGAUGGAGGAGAUGUGUUGCUGAUUGUUCCUCAGCAGCUCAGCUUUACAUCUGUAUCACCAUGCUAGAUAGAUGCAUUGCCUGGGAUAAGUCCAUCAUGAAAGCUUCUUGUAAGGUGUGUCGGCGCUCCUGCGAUGAGGCUAAGUUGCUGCUCUGUGACUGGUGCGACAGAGGCUACCAUAUGUAUUGCCUCAAACCCAAAUUAUCUGAAGUGCCCGAGGGAGACUGGUAUUGCGACAAUUGCACCCAAAAGCAAGCCAAAAAGAAGACACCCAAUGAGAAGAAGAAGAAGAGCAGUAAAUCUAAGAAAUCUGAAUCUGGUCGCAACACACCAGUCAUGGAUGGUGCUAGCAGCCCAGCAUCAGCCUCGAGGGAUGAAACAGACAAAUCAGAAAAGAAAUCAGAGAGAAAAUCUGAGAAGAAGUCAGAGAAGAAGUCGGAUAAGAAAUCUUCCAAGAAGAUGUCUUCAGUUCCAAAGGAACUCCAACCUUGCAAGCAAAUCCUGUCUGAGAUUGAGAAAGAGCACUGUUCAUGGCCUUUCAUGGCUCCUGUCAAUACGAAACAGAUUCCUCAAUACCGCAAGAUCAUCAAACAACCUAUGGACUUCAGCACUAUGAAGAACAAACUCAAGGAGAAGAAAUACAAGACACUUGAUGAUUUUGCAGUGGAUGCACGCCUGAUUUUUGAUAACUGUGAAACCUUUAAUGAGGAUGAAUCUGAAGUUGGCCGAGCUGGGCAUGCGAUGCGUUCUUUCUUUGAGACAAGAUGGAUGGAACUCACCGAAAUGUCAUAAUACUUCUCAUUCAAGCAAUCAAAAAUUAAUAUUAAUUGCAAUGUCCUCCACAUACAAAACAAAGUUCUUAAAUUAUUGUAUUUCUGAAGAGUUAGUUUGAAGAAAAGUUAUUUUGGAAUAAUCUAUGCUUGAUAAAUAAGAUGUUCAUGUAUUCAAUGUUUGUUCUUUUUUGUGACCGAUGUUUUCAUCAUUAUUGGUAUGGUGUCCACCUGUACAUAGCUAAAUGUAGUGUGUCUGUUAGUCAUUGAGUGAAUUGUUUUUGAUUGGCAGCUGCCCUUGUAAAUUGAUCAGUUUCUGGUAAAUUUUCCUUCACAUCAGCUUCCGCAACUAGAUGAAUGAACUGUAAAUGAAGCCUUGCUGAUUGAUUUCUGUUUCAAGCUCAGUUGGUGGUGUUGAUAUAGAUUUGGAUGCAUGAUGUUGGUUUUAGUCUAGACUGUAGUGAAUAAUAAAUCCUACCUCAUAAACUCUUUGACUCUCAAUCAUAAUUAGCUUUAGAGACGAUCUGUGCAGUCAUCAGACUUUUGACUCAAGUAUUAGUUUCCGUCUAUACAGUGGAUGAUCCAUUCAGAUCGAAUGACCUUAUAGGCAUCUAUUGCUCUAGCAUCAAAAUCACAGGAUAUACUCAAAUUAUGCAGCUAUUUUCCAAUUUAUUUAUUUUAGUAUUGUGGAAAGGUGUAUGCAGUUUGAAAACAUGUUACAAAAUAGAGAGUGGGAGAUGAUUAUAAAGAAUGUCAUUAACUAACCUCACAGACUAGGGCAUUGUGUAUGAACAUAUCAUUCUCUUUUCAUAAUAGUAAUCAUAAUUUGCAGGAAGCUUGUUUUUAAAUGGUUGUUUGAUACUUAUGUCGACCAAGCAGAUUACGCCAAAAGUAAAGUAUUUAUUCAUCUAUUUUUCUGAAUGUGCUGGUAACCCUAUUAGAUAAAUCUAAUUUAUUUACAUGAACUCCUUCCAAUGUAUCAAAUGAAUAAUAAUUUUAUUUAUUUAUCAGCUGUAGAGCAAUUGAAUGCUCCUAUGUAGAAGUUGGUCUCCUGAUGAAGUGGUCAUGUUACUGCAGUAUAAUCAUGUGUUUGUAUCAACAUAGAUUGAAUUUUCAUUGGAAAAUUCCAAGCAAAAUUCUGAUCAUCUCUUAGUUUCAUAGCAGCUUCUUCCUUUACUGUUUGCAAAUGUUUUGAUAUCUGUAUAUGCUUUGCCACCAUCCUUUUCGGAUACACAAUAUCCCAAUCUCCUCCUCCCCUUCUAUAAAACCCUGUAGGAUUGUAUUAUACCAUUUUUGCUCAGUUUUCUACAUCCUAAGAUAAUCUAUUACAAAUUUUUUUUAAUGCAUCCCAUAUCGAUAAAAUCACUUAUACCUUGAGAAUUUCCAAUGUUUAGUUUUAAUUCUAUGGAAUUCCUUUGAAAAUGCAAUAUUUAAACAAAUUAGGUCUAGGAAAAAAGGGGGCAAUACCUUGUGAUAAGCUUGCCAGAGGAAUGUGGUGAGAAGGCUUCAAUUUAAUUUUUGGUAGGGGAGGGGCAAUUUUGGAUGUGAACUUCUAGCUCCCAAAAUCUUCCUCCUUUUUGCGUGGUAUUUCUUUUUCAAAUGGGAUGCAGGACUCGGUUUAAGACAUAAUAUGUAUAAAUACAAUUUUGGAUAUAAAGAUCUACUCAAUUUCUUUUUACUUGUUGCAAACUCCACUAUCGUGAUGAAAUCAUUCACCAGUGAUAUUGAAAGGCUUUCUGAAUUUGCUUGCACCAUAAUGGAAAUAAUAUAAAUGAUAGAGACAAAAGUGAUGUUGAAUCCAUUGAAUGCAAACUCACGUAAGCCUUACAGUCCAUUUGAGAAAGAUUCCAAACUUAGCUAUCAUCUUUGGUGGCCUUUCAUCAACUUUGUAUGUAGUCUUUCAUGAUUUCCAUCUCACCUUUUCAAAUAUUGCAAGAAUACGUGGAGGAAAAAGAGAGUGAUAAUGUAAUGUUGUGUUUGUAAUUUUGUAGCUUCCUUUUUCAUCUCUCUCUUCCUGACAAAGCAAAAGGAAGAUGAAUAUUCUAUAAAGACUUUUAUUCUCAUAUUAUGAGUCGAUCAGUGAAAUGAGUGAGUACUUUUGCACAUGCUGUGUUAGAUGAAUUAUUUUUUUGUGUUUCGUAUGUGAUGAAAAAGCUUAAACAUUGGACCAAGUAUCAUUAUGUGAUAUCUCAGAUAUUUACAUUGAAUCCAUGAUUGUGUUGUGAGUAAAGUGUAGUGUGUUUUAUAUCUCCAUUAAGUGCAACAGGUAUUUUGUUCAAUAAAGUUUGUAAGGGUUUAGAACUUGA